AUGACGGAGUGGAAGGUGACCAUUAUUCACGCAGAUUUGACCAGCGCAUCCCUAACUCCGGCGAACGGCGACGUCCAAUGCCAGUUCAGCCGACAGGAGGUCUACGAGGGAUUGAAAGGUAUACCUGGCACAGAAAGCCAAUGGCCUACCCCACAUCCUCCUCUCCAUUCCCCCGGUUCCCGAACACCUCUUCCUCGAUCUGUUAAUCUCGCCGUCGCCCAGAAUGCGGAGUUCGUCCCCUCGCACGAAAGCCAAGGGAUGCUCUAUAUCCGGCCGAUCCUCUUCGGCUCCUCCGCCUGCAUUCAGCUGACGCCUCCUGACAAGUACACAUUCUGCGUCUACGUUACGCCCGUGGCCGCAUACAAUGGGAUCAACCCCCUAGACGCGCUGAUUUUGGAGGGGUUCGACCGCGCUGCGCCGCGCGGCACAGGAAGCGGGAAAGUCGGCGGGAACUAUGCCCCUGUUAUGAAAUGGAGCGAUCAGGCUAGACGCGAGGGCUAUGCAAUAACGCUGCAUCUGGAUAGCGCAACACGCAGCGAGGUGGAGGAGUUCUCGACGGCGGGGUUUGUAGGCGUCAAGGAGAAGGCAGACGGAGACGGUGUGGCCGUCGUUGUGCCAGAUAGUGGGAACGUUGUCGAUAGUGUGACUGUCAGGUGCAUUCUAGCGGUUGCAGCGAGGAUGGGCUGGGCAGUUGAAAGACGGGUGACUGAAAUGGUACUAACGGGUCACUUGGGGCAGAUCAAAUACGAGGAACUGGCGUCAUUCUCUGAAAUCCUUGCGUGCGGCACUGCAGUGACGGUCAUCCCAAUCAAGUCAAUUACAUGCAAGAGCCGCGGGAAUCGGUUCACCUACCUCGAAGCCAGUGUCAGCAAGCCAGGCCCGUAUGCGGCGAAGCUGGCAGCCACACUUGGGGAUAUCCAAAGGGGCAAGGUGGAAACUUGA